CUGUCGCAUUUAUUUUACAGUGUCUACCAGCUGAAGAUAAGUUUUUAAGCACUUGUUUAAGUGAUUAGUGUAAAUAAAAUACGCGAAAAUUUUCCUUCCAGUCGAAUCAAAUGUUGUUUUAUACAAUUACUUCAUCAGAUGUGCCAUUGAGAGUACGCAUUUCUCAGUCGAAUGAGUUCUGGCGAUGGCAUUAGGUGACGAAUGGCACUUGGGCAAAUGCGAUUUCGUUCAUCCGAUGGCACCGCGCGAAAGACAUUCAUUCUGAAGGCAUUAAGAGGUUGUGCUUUCUCGACUCGAAAAAACAAUCGCAUGGCUACCGUGCCAGUCGAGGAGACAGUGGUCCCGGAAGGGGCAUCGCGAGGACCUACAGGGGACCAAACUGGAGGCAGCCUAGACGCCGGACACGCUCGCAGUGGCGGUGAAUGCAAAGUGCAUGACCACGAUCCAGACAUCGUUACCUACCGCAACAGCGACAGUGGCGCCGGAUGCUACGAGUCGGGCGGCAGCACUCGGAGAAGCAACGAAGGCGCCAUAGCCACUGGAAGCGUUAGUAGUGCUCAUUCUACCAGCCCCGUCUACUGUGCCCCGAGCAUCAUUGCUGACAAACCCGUCCAUGCCGUAGCCGGCGACGUCAUAGAAACCUGCAAAUACGGAGCACGUGCUCGAUCUUACACGACUGAGGCGACACCAUCAACCGCGAUUCCGGCCGUCGGCAACGCUACCGACGAUGACAGAACCCCUGCUGCUGCUGCCCCUGGUGGCAAGAACGGUAACUGCCGGAGCGGCAAGACGACCAGUGUCCGUAUCGAGCCUCCGCUAAUAACCCCGUCGAUGCGUUGCACCAUAUUUGUCGACAACAUUUCUGUGGACGUCGAGGAAGAUCAGCUGAAGGCACUGUUCAAGCCUUACGGACAGGUUGUUCGACUGAGGCUGAACCGGCAUCUGGAGGACCCGACAUCCCGGUUCGCCUACGUGCUCCUGGACUCAGAAGACAACGCCAAUUGCGCCAUCCGGGAACUGGACGGCACGAUGCUCAACGGUCUUGCGCUCAAGAUGGACACCGCAAUCGGCCGCAUGACGCACCUAUUUGGCAUCGGUGGAGGCACGCCGUUCAACCGCAGUUUCGCAGAUCAGGAGGAAUGGCGGCAAAAGCACGAGGCACGGCAAGCUAACGGCAGUAGCAACAACAGACAGCACGAUGACCAGUGGCGAAGGGAAAACGACGACCGCAACUACCGGCAGGGAGACCGGAGGUGUGGCGGCUGGAACAACGGGAACCGCCGCCACGGUGACCGCGGCAACUGCAAUGACCAUCGCGGCGGCCAAGGCCACGACCGCUUCGGUGGCUAUCACCAUAACAACCAGUCGAACAAUCGCUGUGACAAAAAAGGAAACUUCUCCAGACUCGGUGGGUGCCACGGAGACAGCGGUGGCGGUCACUCGCAGCAUGGUCAGAACUCGUCUGGCGGACACAACCAGGGAGGUGGCUAUAGGUCCGCUGAUGAGGGCCAGUCGCGUCAGCGGGGUGGCGGCCAGCACCGCAAUGGUCGCCGCGGUGAUGGAGGGCAUGACGAAGACAACUGGUGCGCAGAUGAUCACAGCCAAAUGAUCCUUAAGGAGACUAGGAAAAAAAUACGCGACGCUUGGACUAGGUAUUGUAAACGCCUGGCGGCUGAGGGAAUCGACGAGGAGUGGCCUACGUUCGAUAAGCUGCUAGAGCUGAUCAGGGACACGCCUCGCUGUCUUCCGGAGUGCGACGCUGUUGACAUCGAAUCCGAACCGGAGGACGACGAUGUACAGCUGGUGCUUGGGUGGUCUGGCGGCUCGGCAGACGGAGCGGGCGGAACGGGUCCCAAACUGCUACACUGGUUGCACGGAGACGACGCUGUUGCUGAGGUCUUCCGUGGUGUCGCGGAAGCAGCAGAGAGCGGAGGCGUUGACUGCGAGAAACGAGCGCCUCGAGAAGAGUGUUGGGCGGUUUUGGAAGAUCGUGAAGGUGCGUUAGCCGCUUUUGACGCCGGCGACGGAGUUAGAGAUGCAGCAAUCACUGACAAGCGCGUCAAGGCCAGCUUGGAAAAAGAAAAGUCGUCAGCCAAAGAGCGUGAAGUUGGACAACAGACGAUUCUUGGUGCUGAAAGCACACUCGCCGAUAAAAAAGCCGAUGUUGAGGACAUUCUUUACGUGGAAAAAAACACUGAGCCCAGCGCAGCGCCAACCAGCGAAGGGAAAAAUUCCUCGAAGGCAGAAGACGGCGUGUCUGAAAAAGUGUACGCAAGCAGUCCAGCCAUACUGAGCUCGUCAGUGGACGUGUCGGUCGAGUCUCUCGAAUUGUCAACCAAUGAAAACAGCAAAAGAGAUGACACGUUACCCAGCGAGUUCGUCUCUCGAUGCUCCGUCUCGCUCCCCAACCUCACAGAACACGCAGAAGACAGCAGUUGUGAUAGGCAAGUGAAUGGGCAGCAGCUGCCGCAGCCAUCGAAUGCUAACGAUGACAAAAAGGACUCCCAUGCCACGGAGCAGCCAUCGAGGAAGGUGGACUCGGCCGUCGAAUGCGCUGGAAAAGGAGAGGGACAGCGUCGGGGAUCCUCGAUGAACGCUGAAUUGGCGACCACCACUUUCGCGGCACAGGGGAUCGUUCAGAGGGAUUCAGCUGGCCCGACUGUGACGGACAAUGUGAAACGAGAGGCUGCGGAAGCUUCUCAAGAUUCCGAUCUGGGAAAUAUGGAGAGAAACCUCAGUGUAGCAGACGAGCCGGAAUUUAGCGUCGAGACAACGAAAGACGAAGCUGGACAAGAUGAAGCGGAUGACAUGCGAACGGUUGCGGUCAUGAUGGCGGAUAGGGUAGCAGCCUUAUCGGCUAGGAACAUGGGGCCAGAGGCUAAGGCGGUGUGGGACUCCGAAGAAUUCAAGGUCGACAUGGAAGGGGACUACGCAGGUAACGACGAAAACGAGUACUGUUCAGGGGGCAUGAAGGCUCUCUGCGAAGACAUCAACCUGCGCCUGAAGAACUUCGAGAACGCCUUGAACUUGUCUGUUCGCCAAGGCGCGGCCCAAUUUAGCUCCGAUCACGGAGAGGGAGGAGGGCGUUUGCCGAGCGAGCGUCCCGUGGCGUUAAAUGUUAUCCCUCAAGUGUUGCCUGUGGAUGAGGACACGCCACCACAGUCGGAGCGUUUCGAGGAACUUGAGUUGGGCAAGUCCUCGAACGGCAUCGACGCCCACGAGUCGUCGGCAGAUACCGGCUUACACAACAGGGACAGUGGAGGGAUGGUCAAGGCCGAGGAAGUGGCUUUUAUGGCCCGUCAUGUCAGUGAGGAACUCCGCUCUCUGCUGCUGGACAGUACGGGAGGCGACUUACUGGCAGGUACAGCGACCGGAGGCUCCGGCAAACGUGCAGCGAAGCUUGGGGAGACUCUUGCCUUUCAACGGGCGAAGCCGGGCCAACAACAGAACGUGACCGAUAGUAUUGAGCAGGGUUCUGAGUCCGGCACUUGUCCUCCGGGAAACAAGGUGCGCGAGAGCGAGCUUUGCGAGGGCAUCAACCGUGACUUUGGGGCUGUCUCGUGCGAAAGUGAGCAAGAGGAGGUGCAGAGGGAGGUUGAUGAAGGCGGCCAAACGUCAAGCGCACUCAGGGAAGGAGGUAACCAAAGGGCUGUCCGCCAUCCUCGUAAAUACGUCUUCGAAGAGAGCUCGGACGUGGAAGACAAACUCUCGACUCGGACAUGGACGACUGGGUGCGUCGAAUAUCUAGGGCCAAAUUAGGUGAGCAGAAAGGAGCGGUCGACGCCGACUAUCCAGCUGAGGGUGCUAGUGACGUCGUGGUUCAACAGGCCUGUGUCGCGACAGAUAUAGAAGAGAGACGCCUGAUAAAGCAGCGCCUCGAAGAAGGCGGAGCUUCAGAAGACCAUGGUAGUGCGGCCGGCCAAGAAAUGAGCGGUGACGUCGAGGUUUCUUUUCGAAAUGACGUAACGUUCGGAAACGAUGGAGUCACGUCAGACUCUGUCGCGGGACGUGUUUUUGGCGGUCCAGACUGUGGAGAGGUGGACCGCGAGGCAGAGAGGUCGGAGGGAACGUCCGAAGGCGUUAAAAAGGGCACCCAAGAUGGCGGUGGCGGCGCGCACCAGACGGCCGACAAACAAGGGCCGGCGCACAGUUCAUGUGCCAGUGGCGUCGUCGAGUCGAACGAGACGGGACGGCAUGGGGACGCGGGCGCCACGAGACGCCUUCCUCGCGCUUUGUGCCACGAUGAAGAAUUUGAAUGCAAGCCAGGCGACGACGGCGAGUAGCAGUCGCGGCGCCGUUGGUGUCGUACGCGCAUCACAGCGCUUCCUCUAUUGCUCGUAAGACUCAAGCGCACAUCAUGUCGAGGACGUUUCUUCCCAAUGAUGUCGUGGAAAAGUCUGGCAACAGAGAUAAAAGAAAAAAAGCUAAAGUUUAGUAAACAGGGUUCGGACAGCCGCCUCCAUUCAUUUCGGACUUUGUACUCGGCCAGCGCAGAUUUUCAUCAUAGUUUUUUUCUCUUUCUUUCAUGCCUUGUAUUUGUUCAUGUUCAAAGCAUCCCAGAAUAAGCACUUUUUCAUUCAGCCUAUUUGGGAUGAUGUGAUUUUCAAUUCUUCUUCAAAAGUUGAUAAUCGAGGUCGAUCGCAUUUUGGGCGGGUCGCACCGAGUUCUUCCAGUCAUAUUGCAAAUUCUGUGCUUUCUAUUUGGUUUUGUUUUUGCGUUAAUAAAAAAAUUCUUCGGGAUCCAC